AUGGAGGCACUUCAAGUACUUGAACACAAGCACCCACUAAAGCUCGUUGAUUUGCAGCUACAAUUACAAUAUGAAGAAGAAGAAGAAGAAGAAGAAGAAGAAGAAGGUGAAGAAGAAGAAGAUGAUGAUAAUGAUUAUGAUCUUGUUACGAAAGAGGGCUUUAGAGGUGCAUGUGAGAGGUGUGGUGAAGAAAUCAAUGUAUACCACAGGUACUACUACAAAUGUAUGGCAGAUUCAUCGUGUGAUUUCUCACUUCACAAAUUUUGUGGUGAGAUCCCAACACGUUUGGAGAGCGCAUUUCAUCCACAUCCUCUUACCAUGUUUAUGCUUCGUUAUAAUUGGUCAUGCAAUAUUUGUGGGAGUAAGCACAAGCCAGGUGAGCUGCGUUACAUUUGUUUUGAAUGUGAAUUUUGGAUUGAUGUAAACUGUGCAGUGGAUAUAAGAAAAAGGAUCAUCCAUCAUCCAUGCCAUCCACACUUGCUAACAUGUGCUAUCACGAAACCCGUUUUAUGCGACUGUAGUGCUUGUGGGAGAAGACAAGAAGGGAUGUUCUAUAACUGCACCACUUGUACCAACUUCACCAUACACAAUGAAUGUGCUUUCCUACCAGAAAUAUUGAAAAUCCAAGAGAAAACAGAUGGUGCUUUUCAUCAUACCCAUCCCCUCACCAUUUCAUAUUCAUUCCCCAGAGAAGAUCAAAAAGCUAAACAUGAUCCCAGAUGCAGAGUAUGCGGUCAUUCUUUUUAUGAUAUGGAGAAUCUUUGGAUUUACAAAUGUGAUGAAUGCAUGUACUAUACCCAUGUGGAUUGCGCAACAUCAAGAAGAGAGCCAUUCAUGUCCAUCUUCUUGCCUCCUGGCGUUGGCAGAACCAGCAAAAACUAUAAAGUUGGUGAGCAUCCUCAUCUUGUUCAUCUCCCAUUCCCUGAUGAAACAUACAGCCUACCUAAACACUUGUUUUUCCAACAAACUGAUCAUCAUCAUAAGGUAAACCUAACACACAUUAGUCAUAAACACCCUCUAAUUCUAGUUGAUCACACACUCAGCAAUGGGCAAACCUCCUCCUCUUCUUGGUUAUUAAAGUGUCAUAACCCAAUGAAAAAGACCCAACUGCUAUGCAAUGGAUGCCUUAGACCCAUCACGGCAACCAUGCCAUUUUACAGGUGUGCUACUGAAAAUGAUGAUCAGAUUCAGGGGGUUUGCAAUAACUUUGCUCUCCAUGAGUGGUGCACCCGACUCCCCCCAAUAAUAGAAAACCACCCCGGUCACCCACAACAUACCCUCCAUCUCAUUUACUCAAACAUCCCUGGUUGCAAGUUCGAUGUGUUCAAAUGCAAUGUUUGUUAUCUACAUUGCAAUGGGUUUGCGUAUGGUUGCGUCCAAUGCAAAUACUAUGUUGAUGUUACCUGUGGGCUUAUACCUAAAGAAAUCACACACAAAGCUCACCCCAAUCACCUUAUUUCAAUAGUUAACGUGGAUGAUAGGGAUGAUCAUAUUUCUUGUUAUAUGUGUCGCCGACAUCAUACUCCACGUCAACUUUCAUUCCGUUGUGACACGUGUGAUAUUUAUAUACAUCCGGAAUGUGCUUUGUUAUUAGCCAAGACAGUCAGACACAAGUAUGACAAGCAUCCCAUAAAGCUAAGUUACCUCCCGAUUGAGAACCACAAGAGUGAAUACUUUUGUGAAAUUUGUGAGGAGGAUCUGAAUCCUCAUCAAUCUUUCUAUCAUUGUAAAGAUUGUGUUCAAUCGAUACAUACUGCUUGUGCUCCGUUAAUACUUCAGAGCGAGACACAUACCUAUAUCAAUUAUUGGAGAAGCGUUUAUGAAUUUGUGAAUAUAAAGUUUGGAGGCAUUCAAAAAGGCCAUCUCACAUUUGCUCAAGGUCUUAUGUCAGAUGGUGAAUGUGAAAAUUGUGGUUGGGGAGUACAAUAUGAAAUGGUCUUUAAAAGGUUCGACUAUAAAUUUGCAAUUCAUUACCGCUGUUAUAACUAA